CCGCGCUUCAACCGGCCCUCAGCAGGCUUCUGUCUUCCGUGCUGACUAGGGAUCUGUGCAGAUACAACCCCUUGCCUUCUCAGUUUGCUUUUUCGGCCCAGUGCUGCUGCACAACACUGCCAAGGGCCUGGCUGUCGUCUCUCACACACCUGAAUCGCCCAUCUGCCUUCCUGGUAUGCAUGCGUGUGGACACGGAAAGGGAACGAGGACACGAAAAUGGACGCAUAUGUGCGUCGUCGAUGUGCUGUUGUGGUGUGGUAUGGCAUGGCAGGUUGUUUUUCGCACUCUUCUGUCGCCUCGCUGUUCCGUUUGGGUGCGCUGUACAAUACUAUCUGGUUGGCAAGCGCACACACUGACUGGAUGGCUGGCUUAUGAGUGUCCAUCGUGUUGGUGGUGUUGUGUGUGUUGGUGGCAGGUUGGUUUUCGCACCCUCCGUCGUGUCGCUUUUCGUUCGGGUGCACUUUUGCCAUCACUUUCUGGUGCGCAUCAAGGCAGACAGACAGACAGACAGACAGACAGAAAGACAGACAGGCAUCAGACACACCGACCACACACACCACACUGUCUGUGUGGCUGCCUGGCUGUGCAUGCGAUGUCCUCAGACGUGGUAUGUGCUUUUGCGGGUCGUCUGCGAGUUUGGCAGCGGCAGUUCCCUGCCUUGUCAACGCUCACAGCGCCCCUUGGUUGAGCUCGCUGCAUGACCGGCACUGUCUGAGGACUUUCACGACAGACGUUCAUUCAUUCAAUCGCUCUCCCUCCCCACGCUUGAGUCAACCUGUGUUGAUCUAGACCAUCUCCUUCGGAUGGUCUGAGCAGAGCACAAGAAAGCUCCUGUCUUCCGUGCUGAAUAGGGAUCUGUGCAGAUCUACCCAAUCGUUAUGAUUGUGGCCAGCGGCCCGCUGCUUUUCUUCGUGGCUGCUGCUCAUCAUCAACACGACGCCUUCAUCCCCCUCGCACAGCCGCUGACCAGCAGCCAACGGAUUCGGCAACCGAGAAAGCAGCGACUCAUUGACAGAGCCCUCCCGCGCCUUUCCAGCAUCGCUGCAGCCAGUGCAGAUGAGUCAGCCUUUGAAGUGGCAGCCAAGACGGACCACUUCCGUGUCCUCAUUGUCCCAUCCGAGGCCCCUUCAUCUGACGUGCCGGUGCCUCUAGGUGGCCAGCUGCAAGACAUUCAUCUGCGUCUGCAUGACGGCUGGGGCACCGGAGCCCAUCCAUCCACCCGCCUAUGCAUGGAGUUCUUGGAGCGGCGUGUCAGGCGCGGCGACGCUGUGCUCGACUACGGUGUGGGCUCAGCGAUCCUGAGCGUCGCUGCGGCCAAGUUGGGGGCGUCGCAUGUGCUGGGUGUGGACAUUGACGACGACAUCCUGACCAACGCCCGUGAGAACUGUCGGCUCAACGGUGUGGACGGAUGUGUGGAGCUGAUGCACACGCGGGAGGUGGUGACGGGCGACACGGCGAUCUCAGGCCGCUUCGACGGGUGUGUGGCCAACAUCUUGGUUGGCCCGCUGAAGCGGCUGGCUCCCGCGCUGGGCGAUGCUGUGAGGGCAGAUGGGUGGCUGUGUCUGUCGGGCGUACGGCCCAGCCAGGUGGACGACGUCAUGCAGGCGUAUAAUGUGUUCUAUGACUUUGAUCACAAGGCCGUCCGGACGGGUGUGCAUGACGUGUACGGGGAGUGGGCGUGUGUGGUGGGGCGGAGGAGAGAGAGGGGGGAGGGGGAGGCGCGAGAGAGGGAGUAUAUGAGUGACCUUGCCGUGUCAUGAACUGAACGGUGGACGGAACGUGUGAAGGAAGCGAGCGGAUUGAGGACAGACAAGCAUUCACUGAGAAAAGUUGUGUGUGUCAGUCACUGUUCAUCUGUGGGAACCCGCAGACGCACGCGAACACGCACGUCCACAAACACGCACCUG